AUGGCUGCACCAACAGAGCCACCGGCGACAGCAUGGCUGACAGUGACUGUGACCACUUGGCUCGGCGGUACACACACACUACUGCCAGCUGCUGACUUUACGUGUCCCGGAGCAGACAUCGAGGCUGAGGGCUCGACCUUACUCAACCUCGUCCAAGUGGCCCCUUACGCUUCUGCGCCGUUCACGUAUGCGGCGCCCCCUCGUGAUAGUACCAUCUACUCAUGCGGAUAUCUGAUUUCGGAUGCUCGCGCGGCGUCCCCAACAAGCACAUCCUCCACUUCCCCGACGGCAACCUCCUCCCACACAACGGGACAGUCUUCCCACUCGACGGCGUCUGCUACUCACUCUGCUGCUACUCAAGUCACCCACACAAAGACAAAUGUCGGGGCCAUUGCCGGUGCGGCCGUCGGAGCGGCAAUUCUGGGCCUCAUCGUCGGAGCUCUCAUCUGCUAUCUGUGUCUAAAAGGUGGCAAGCGUCGAAAGCGCCGUGAUUCUCUCAACAAUGAAGCCACUGCGAUGACCACCUUCCUCCCUCCAGCUCCGCGGCCAAAGGAGAGAUUGUCCUCCAGAGAAAGUGUCCGAAACGAUGCUGUGUUGCUUCCGUCUGCUGCUGAUGUUGCUGCUAGUGGUGGAGGUGGUAUCAACAACGUCCUGUCUUCCAUCGGCAUCCACGAAGGCGCCAACGACGAGGAGAUCAAGUCGGAAUUAUCUGCCCUCGGCUAUCUCCUCCAGGAACACGUCCAGAACAACUACCACCUCGAUCCAUUGGAUGGGAACAGAAACAAUAUCUUCAGAGUUAACCAGGCGCUAUCAGACCCAGCCUUUGGCUUGGACGACCGCAGCCACGCCCUGAUCUUGAAGCUUUCCACGGAUCCACAAACUCGAUUCGCUGCCAUUCGUCACUUUCUUGCCCUGACCAUCUUCUCUGCUUUGGAUCUGCAUCAUGUUCGUUCUCACCCGGGUAGUGUCUCGCUCUUGCCGCGACAGGUUACUUCCUUCCUUGAGUCGAUUCCCUCGGCAGGAGCGGGAAAGAACGGCAUGACUCCUCAGACAGCAACAGCCCUCUCCCUCUGGCGCCGCCUCUCCGCUUACCUCCUCCUCGAUAAACCCUCCUCAAUAUCCCCCAUGGACCCCGUGUGUACCUCCCCAAUUUCCCCCAUUAACGUCACCAACAACAUCCCCACCAACUCUACCGAAGAUUCCAACCGCCGCUGCUCUUCAACAACCAUCACCUCCCCCACCAGCCAAACCCAGGGCUCAAUCCCAACCCUGACCCUCACCCCUCCACCGACAAUCACCGCCCAAGUAACCUCCCUCCGCGCCUCACUCAACAAGUUCCUGGGCAUCUUCGUGCACUCGGACCGCCGGGCGAUUUUCGAUCAAGAAAGAAACUUGGAGGGUGUGAUUCAUGAGUGUGUGAGUUUCGGGUAUGUGUUGUUUGCGCAUGGGUGUGAGUGGUGGUUCGUAUUUGAUAAGGAGAUGGAUAGGCAUGGAGCUGGACAGGAACGAGAGGAUGGGGAGGGUGAGGAGGAGAUGCAGAAGAGAACGGGAAUCUUGGUCCUGCCGGGUUUGGAGAAGUUGGGGGAUGGGAAGGGGGAGGAUUAUGAGGUUCCGAAGGUUGUUGUUGAGGGGAAGACGGUGGUUGUUUAA